AUGGUCGCGGCAGCAGAGUCAGCUAUGGGGAUUCAGACAGGUUUGCUGGGUGGUGAAGAAGGAGGCGUUCAGUCCGGGAGCUGUGCGGCGGGCGACAUAGAGGAAUCAACACAGUCGGUGGUGCGCCCAGAUCCAAAGGCUCCAGGCUGGUUUAAGAGGGUAAGAGUAGGGAAGGCACCACCUGAUAGAGCACCUUGCCCAGCUAGACUUGGGGCGCUUGAACAGACCGUGAGAGAUUUUGCGGAGAAUCCUUCUGAUCAUGUAAUUAAAAUUGAGUUGGGCCUAAGUUUUGAUUCGUUGAACGAAGCUUAUGAUCUCUACAAUCUGUAUUCGUGGGAGAAUGGAUUUGGUAUAAGGUAUGGCAAGAGCAGGCUAAAUGUGGAGAGGACAAAGUGUAUGCAGGAGAUCGUCUGCGGCUGCUCGGGGAAGCCAGAGAAGGAGCACACAAGGUCUUGCAGGUGUGAAUGCCCAGCUAUGAUUCGGUUGCUCCGGACUGAUGACAACGGAUGGUUUAUUGCUGAGCACCGGGUAUCGCACAACCACUCGUUGUCUUUAACUUGUGGCGAGAGGGUUCACUGGCCUUCGCACAAACACAUAGACAUAUACACAAAAAACCUUGUGAAGCAGCUUAGGGAAAACAACAUAGACAUUGGUAAAGUGUAUGCCAUAGUGGGAAGCUUUUUUGGUAGUAUGGAGAAUGUUCCAUUCACGAAAAAAACCCUGAAAAACCUAUGCGGAAAAAUCAGUCGUGAUCAGGCUGAUGAUGAUGUACACAAGACGAUGCAAGUUUUCUCAGAGAUGGCGAAGAAAGAUCCUGACUUCACAUUUAGAGUACAAACAGAUAAUGAGGGGCGCAUAAAAAACUUGAUGUGGGCAACUGGUGCUGGAAGGGCACAGUAUAAAUAUUUUGGAGAUGUUCUGACCUUCGACACGACAUACAAGACCAAUUUGUAUGACAUGCCAUUUGGGCUGUUCGUCGGGGUUAAUAAUCACUUCCAGAGCAUUAUACUGGCUGGGGUGAUGGUUAGGGAUGAGCAGUUGGAGAGCUUCGAGUGGGUUUUCUCAGAGUUUGUAGCAAUGAUGGGAGGCAGCCCUCCACAAACUAUUUUGACAGACCAGUGUAGGGCCAUGGAGGUCGCAAUAAAGAAUAUAUUGCCGAGCACAGCCCACAGGUGGUGUAAGUGGCAUGUGCUGAAGAAGGCGAAGGAGUGCCUUGGUACACUGUACACGAAGAGAAAUGAGUUCAGAGCCGAGUUUCACAAGGUAAUCAACCACAUGAUUACGGUCGAGGAGUUCGAGACUGCUUGGAAGAUGCUGGUUGAGAAGUAUAACCUCCAAAACCAUCCGUACAUGGUUCAGCUCUAUGAGAUCCGAGAUAAAUGGGCAAGCCCGUACUUCAAAGGAGUUUUCUGUGCUAAGAUGACAACCACACAGCGCAGCGAGAGCGCGAACAACAUGUUGAAGACCUAUGUUCCACCGGCGUGCCCAAUGCACAUGUUUGUGAGGCAUUACAUGAGGCUACAGUUCGACAGAGAUUCAGCUGAGUGUGCUGAGGAAAAGCGGACACGUCUGGCGCGGCCCCUGCUAAGAGUGAAUCGAGCCUUCGAACGGCACGCGAGCAAGAUAUACACGAGGGCAAUGUUCGAGAAGUUCGGGGAGAUCCUUUAUGAAGCAGGAUACUAUGAGGUUGAAAUGGUGGAGUUUGGGAAGAUAUAUAUUGCAAAGAAUAUACAGGCUGAUAAAAGGGAACAAUGGAGCAGGGUGCGAUUCAGAGUGACCGUCGCAGAAAACAGGGACGAAUUCGACUGCGAGUGUGGCCAGUUCCAGCACAUGGGUUUGCUGUGCUGUCACAUAUUGAAGAUCAUGGAUCACUUGGAUGUGAAGGAAAUACCUGAGAAGCACAUAAAGAAAAGAUGGACGGUGGAUGCAAGGGAUGUACUACCAGAUCACUUGGCACACUACCAACGAGACCAACUAGCAAAGGGCACUUUCACUUUCCGACACUCGAAUCUAUAUAUUCAAGCCAUGCAGCUGGUAAGGCUGGGUGACACGUCGGUAGAGUCGUACGAGAAGCUUAUGGACAUUUUCAAAGAUGCACUUGUAGUAAUGCAGCCGUACGGAGAGCAACCAGACGGACUUGGCCUGGAAGAACAGCUAAAGGAUAAGCAAAAACAGGUGCAAGCUUCGGCGGGGGUACGAGCCGGUGGGGUAACACAGUCGGAAACUGGAAUUGAUGCUCUGCGGGCGCCGUCGAAGAAGCGUCCUGCUGGCAGACCAACAAAUAGCAGAGACAAAGCACCGUACGAGGGGACAAGCAAGCGAACAAGGUUCUGUACGAUAUGCAGAAGGCCAGGGCACAAAAGCACGACUUGCCCUGAUAGAGGGGACCUGCCGAAGAAGCCACGAAGGGCGGGGAGAUGCACAGUUUGUGGAGUUGAAGGGCACAGGAAAGACACUUGUCUGAAGCCCAGAGGGCUAGAAGGUUGCUGA